AUACAAUUAGGGAUUUCCAUUGCCACUUACCAACUCCAAAAUACCUUUGCUCUUUGCCUUUAAAACAAAACUUUAUUCCCUUAAAGCUUUUGUUCUCUCUGCUUUCUCUUAACAACAAAUGACCCCUCGAGCUUAUGUCUUAAUCUUCUUCUUCUGGUCUCUCCUCACCAUCCUCACACCCGCUCUCGUUUUUCUUUCCGAGAAUUCGAAACCGUCGUUGGUCUCGUUCGAAUCUACAGAUGGGGAAAAUGGAGGUAUUGAAAUGAGUAGAAAAGUUGUUGGAUUGACAAGAAAAUAUCAGAUGUUGAAAAUUUUGGCUGAAGAACAGAGAGCACCACCGUUGAUUCCGACACCCAUUACAGCACCGGCGCCGUCGCCAGCCCCAGCAUCGGCUCCGGGCAACGUUGUCCCGGUAGGGAGGUUCAUGGCUAAUGCUAGAAAACUCAUAUUGAGGACAUUGAAGGGCUUGAAAGAAGCACAUUGAUUAAGGGUAGGAAAAAAAAAUAUAAUUCAUCUCUUGAACAUUGUAUUGUUUCAAAAUAAAAAUCACAAUAUGGUUAGUUGCAAAAUACAAAUUAUUUUGACACUUUUGGUAAAUAAAAAAGGGGAAAAAGGAAAUUGUUUGUAAAUAUCUUACCUUUUAUUAAAGUAAUUAUAAUAGACGUAUUGCCUUCCUAUUUA